CUCAAAACAGUAUUGGUCAGCGCAACAAGGAUGCCUCUAAAAUCUACCGAGAACUAGAUCCAGCUUCACGAGACCUCUACAACAAAACUGAUGAUGACGACUGGGUUGAUGCGGACUCCACUGAAGAUCCUAAUGCUGAUGACCGAUCACAGUUUGAUGUCCGGCGUCAGUCAACAAAGAAACUACUUGCUAAUGUUGACAUCUGGGCUAAGGGUGUACAGCUCAAGCUGAAGGAGUUGAGUGAUGGGCUUGGACUUGAAGGUUUCUUAGUAAUUGCUGAUCAGGACCAUCGCCAACCUUACUUCUUUCAAGGAGGAAGUUUGCUUGGGGAUGUAUUUCUGCGUGGCCUGAUUGACGAAGGGGAUGCAAUUUGUCGGUUUGCCGUCUGGACUGCAGGAACAAAGAUCAGAACAAAACCAGCUUCAAAGAUCACCACACCAGUUGUUAGCGCUGUUUGCAAUGCUUCCAAAUCAAAUGAUACCUCAAAGACGCCUGAUAUCAACAAUUAUCACCCUCCUGAGGAGCCAGACAUCAAUAGUCCUGAAGAAAAUCGUGAUGUGUGUCAGGGAGGUCUGGCCCAAAACCAUCAUUAUCUUUCCACCAUGCUCCGUGACAUGUACAGUCAAGCUAUUGGCCUGACUGACUCAACAUCCCCGUGGCCUGGGACUGAUACCCUCUAUAGACUCAAGAAAAAAAACCUUAAACUGGUAAUUGCUGAGAACCCGGGGCAGUUGGGAUUGCACCACUUCUCGCAACCUAUCAAGAAGCUUCUCCUACCCCAAACAUACCCUUUGCUACGCGGCCUCAAGAACAACUGGAUUUCGCUUGUUAAGAUUGAAGAGUCUGAGGGACUAGCACCAACCAACCGAGCACCAAUUGCAGCAUCGAAAGAAGUAGCACCAAUUGUGGAAUCCGAGGACCCAGUUUCCAUGGAAAUUGACGACAACCAGAGCUUUGAAAAAAACAAAAGCAGCUCUGACACCACUGAUCAAGCAUUUGAAUGGAUUAGUUUUGACCAGGUAACAUUUCAAUACUGCAAUGAUGUUGUCAAUUGUUUUGGAAAAUCUGAUGAUAUUUGA